GUCAAAGACGUCAACCCAGGCCGAUAAAGAAGUUUCCCUAUCAGUUCUUUCUGUUUAUAUUUUUGGGGGAAAAUGACGAAGGGUACUUCGAGUUUUGGUAAACGUCGCAACAAGACUCACACACUUUGCAGAAGGUGUGGAAGGUCUUCAUACCAUAUCCAGAAGUCACAAUGUGCCCAAUGUGGAUACCCUUCUGCCAAAAUGCGUUCUUACAAUUGGUCAAUCAAAGCUAAGAGGAGGAAGACCACUGGAACUGGCCGUCUUCGUCACCUUAAAAUCGUCCGCAGGCGUUUCAAGAAUGGUUUCAGGGAAGGUGUCAAACCUGCAGUUAAGAAAUCCACAUAGAUUAUAAGUUGAUCUUUCUAAAUAAAAGUUAAUUUUA